AUGGAUACCUUCGUGACGAGACAGAAACGGAAAUGCAGUGAUUCCAAUCUCUCUGGUGCAGUGCCAGCAACACAAGUCACAACACAACCAACAACCCAAUCCAGCCACGAGGAAUCGACUGAUGUAAAACUGGCCAUAUUAUCAUCUCUCCAUCCCACCAUCGACCAGGAGACACUCCUGGAUAUCCUGCUUGCUCACGAUGGGGACGUCGAAGCGACCUCACGCACUCUCAAGGCACGUCUACCUAGGAAACCCGGCAUGGGAAGUACGGUAGCCGCGCAGUCAUCCCUACGAUCCUUUGCCGUCAGCUCAGCUAGUCCAGACCCGUUAUCCCAAUCCAAACGGCCCAAGUUGCUCUCCCGCAAGGGGGCUACGCUGCACCUGUACGACCCCGUCGACAUCAGCGAGCACACCCCCUGCACCAUCAUCCACAACUUCUUGCCCGCUGAGGAAGCCAAUUCUCUCCUCGAGGAACUGCUAGAGGAGUCCAAGUCAUUCGAGAAGAUUACCUUCAAGCUGUUCGACAAUGUUGUCUCGAGCCCGCACACUUCGAGCUUUUAUGUGGGUAGCUACGAGGAGCUGCAGGAGCAGAAGCACGAGUAUGUUUACAACGGUUCAGCAUUGACGGACGUCAGAACCUUGACACCACAGUUGGAGCGGGUCAAGGCGCGCGUGCAGGAGGCCGUCAACCGGGAGAUCCAGGAGCGCAUCCAGACUCGUUACGGUGGGAAGAAGCUCAAGUACCAGUCUCCGAAACCGUGGACUCCCAACGCGGCCUUUGUGAACUGCUACAACGGGCCCCAGGAGAGUGUCGGCUGGCACAGCGACCACUUAACCUACCUCGGCCCGCGUGCCGUAAUCGGUUCCCUCUCGCUUGGCGUCACCCGCGAGUUCCGCGUCCGCCGCAUUGUCCCGCAAGAUGAUGCCGUCGCCAACGACCCAAACCCCAGCGGCAACAGUGGCAACGGCGGCAGCAACAACAACACCAACCCUGACCUGGCCGGGCAGAUCGCCAUCCACCUCCCGCACAACUCCCUUCUGGUGAUGCAUGCUGACAUGCAGGAGGAGUGGAAGCACAGCGUCAGCCCGGCCCAGGCUAUCGACCCGCACCCCGUCGCGGGCAACCGGCGAAUCAACAUCACCUACCGCCACUACCGCGACGGCUUCCACCCGCGCAACACCCCACGCUGUCCCUGCGGAGUGCCGGUGAUACUGCGAGUGGUGACCAAGAAGCGGGAGAACUGGGGGCGGUAUUUCUGGAUGUGCCACGCCGGAAACGUGCCGGGGAAGGAGGCCUGUGAGUAUUUCCGGUGGGCUGAGUUUGACCAGGACGGGGAGCCGUUGGGGGUAAAGCAGGAUAGUGUAAAGCGGGAGGGUCCGGCACGGGAGGAUUCAAAGCCCGAGAAGGAAGCAGGGUGA